UGUUACCGCGUUUGUACUAAUUAAUCAAUUUUAUAUUCGUUCCUGAUCUAACCAUGGCAUCUAAACACACGACAUUAUAUCUUAGAAUUGCCGAGGCUAAAAACUUGCUGCCAAAAGAUCUCAAUGGUAAAAGUGAUCCAUAUUGUGUUAUAAAAGUUGAUAAUGAGAUUAUUUCACGCACUGCUACUGUCUAUAAGAACUUGGAGCCACUAUGGGGAGAAGAAUACACUUUACAUAUGCCGUUUGGAUUUCAAGAUUUAUCUGUAAAUGUUUACGAUGAAGACAGGGUCAGUGGUGAUGAUAUAAUAGGAAGCGUUUCUAUAACCAGGGAAGUUAUUCAUCAGCUGAGUGAUCCACGAGGAUUAGAAAACUGGUUUCCGCUACAGAAACUGGACAAAGAUUGGGAAAUUCAAGGAGAAAUAUUAUUAGAAUAUGGAAUUCGUCCGUCAACAAGCGAACCUGGUUUAUAUCAGUUUUAUAUAAUAGUCAUAGAAGGCAGAGAUUUAGCACCAAAAGAUAAGACUGGAUAUUCUGAUCCAUAUGUUGCCAUUGCAUGUCUGGGUGAUCUUAAAGCAACAUCUAGGCAGAAAAAGACGAGGUUUCCUGAAUGGAAUGAAAUAUUUGAAUUUGAUUUGCCCUCUGUUUAUGAUGGAGAGAACGUAGUGAUAACAGUUUAUGACAAGGACAGGUUACGAGCUGAUGAUUUCAUGGGACAAAUACAUCUGCCUUUAAGUCAAAUUCCCCUCAAUUCAACUAAAAAAUGGCAUCCUGUGGCCCACAAAACUGAAAAUAGAAGUACGACGUCUGAGAGAAGAGGAAGUAAAGUAGAUCGAGGUAAAAUACGAUUGAAGAUAUUUUUAUUAGAAGAAGUUGUUUUACCAGUCACAUGUUAUCAACCAAUCAUAGAUUACCUUCUACAGGCAGCUAAACCAUAUAAGCACAAGAAAAUUGGUCUACCAUUUUGGAUGUUAUUGAAUGAUGUUCGACGUUUAGAUCUUGGUGAAACAGGAGCUGCUCUGGUUAGAUUCUAUCUCAGUCAGGAUUCAGAUAUUUCAUUUCUAGAUUGUAUCACAAAACAGGAUAUAGACGAGACAGAUGAUCCGAAUACAUUGUUCCGUGGUAACAGUCUGGCUUCUAAAGCCAUGGAUCAGUAUAUGAAAAUAAUCGGUAUGCCUUAUUUACAUCAGACAUUGAAUUCUUGUAUCGAGCAAGUUUACUCAGAUAAGAAAUUAGUUGAAUUGGAUCCACAUCGCGUUAACAGUGUCAGAAGUUUCAGACCAGCACUGUGCAAUAGUCUACGCCAUAGUUUACAUAAAGAGUCUGAAUCAGACUUUAUACAAUCUAGUCAAGAUAUUUUAUUAUCGUAUAUGAUAGAAAUCAUGGAGGCCAUUUACACGUCAGUCGAUGAUUGUCCCCUAAAAAUGAGAUUAGUUUUUAGAAACCUGACACAACGAGUGAAAGAGAAAUGGCCAGAAAUUGAACAUAAGGACAGCCCGUAUCAAGCAGUUAUUGGUUUUAUAUUUUUACGAUUUUUUGCUCCGGCCAUUUUAUCACCGAAAUUAUUUGGUUUACAAGAUCAUCACCCUAAUCGUAAAACAAGUCGAACUCUAACUCUGUUGGCUAAGUUGACUCAGUUAAUUGGUAAUCUCACAUCAUUUCAAGUUAAAGAGGAGUGGUUCCAGCCAUUGGUGCCCAUGAUGAAAUCUCAUGUUCCUAGAAUUAAACAUUAUAUAGACAGAUUGGUUUCCGUGGUUACACCAGAUAAGUAUACAGAAGGUGUAUCAAGUGGUCGAUCUUUAACAGAGAAAGAAAACAGCAUCAUUUUACGACAGGGAGUUUUACAUAAAUGUCGAUACCAUCCAAAACGUCUGCUACGGUCAUUCGUGUUCAAGAAACGUUUUUUCUGGUUGACCAGAAAUUCUCUACAUUAUUCUAAAACAUCGGCUGAUGAUGGUGUCCGUAGAUCGAAAUAUCUUGACGCUACAAUGAUUUGUGCCGUAGAAAAGUUAGAUUAUGGAGCCCUGGGAAAAUCUAAUAUUGGACAAAUUAUCCUAAAAACACCGGAAGGGGACCAGGAUAUUCUCUAUUUUCAAGCCAAGGAUGUGAAUGAACUAACAAGUUGGAUAUCAACUUUACGUAAAACUUGUCAUUAUAAUAAAUAUCUUGUUCCUUAUUACCAUCCUGGUGUUUAUAAAAACGACAAGUGGUCCUGUUGUCAUAAAAUAAAAUCAACAGCCCCUGGUUGUAAUCAGACGUACCAUGGUGUCAUUAUCGGUGAUUGGCAAGAUUCACUGGACACGGGUCGUGAAGCACAGAUUAUAUUAUCUCAGUUUUCACAAUCUCUUGAUAAACUACAUGAAAAGGAAAAAUAUCUCAAAGAUCAUACGUCAUCCAAUGGAAAAACAGGAUCUGUUUCACCACAAAGUCAACUCGAGGUCGUGCGUAAUGUCAUCACGAUUGUCAACACAAUACAAAAAGAUCACGACCAUUAUCAACAAGGGGAGGAAACUCUAUAAUAUAACAUGGUACAAUAUUUUACACUUUGAUAAUUAUCAGGGGGUUUUUUGUUAACAAUUGGAUAUUUAAUCCUUGGCUGUUUUUUUGUUGACUUUUUUUGCUUUGUUGUUUUUAUUAUAUAUAAUGAUAUUUAUUUACUGUUUUUGUUUAAAAAUCCCAACCAGAAUUAGAGUUAAUUAUAGAGAAUAGAAAUGAAACAGAGCAAUCUUAGAGGAGCUUUAGGUAAGAUUAGAUAAAGAGCUGACAAUUCUCGCUAUAAUAGUUACACUAUAAUAGAUAAUGUAAACAAAAUAUGCUGAAAAUUUCAGUCAAAUUGCUUCACUCUGAACCUAGAUAUUAGCGAUUCAAUUUUAGGCUAGCCUCAAUCGUCACUACUAGCAUUGGUACCAUAAUAAAUAAAGUGGCAAUUGAUCAUUUUUAUGUUAAAUCAUCCAUCACAAAACGUAUUCAAAUCUAGUAAUAUCGCAGCUGAGUAUGGUCAUUUAGACCAAAUGUUAAGUUAAUAAAGGAUUAUGUAAGAUUUAGAUAAAGAAAGAGCUGUCCAUUUGUGCUAUAAUAGUUUAAUAAUAGAUAAUGAAAAAUGAAGAUAUUGAAAAUUUAAUUCAAAUUAAUUUAUUCUGAGCGAUGUUAUGAGUGUUUGAAGAUGUAGCGUAGAUUAUCGUAACAAUGGUACUUGACAACCAAGGUUAAGUCUUGAUUAUCCAUUUUAUCUUUAAAUUUUUAAUCUUACGGGGGUUCAAAUCCAUUUAAAUCUCUGCCAUCCAAAUGUCCUAGAGAGUUGAUUUGAGGCUUGGCAUGUUAACUGAUGUCUAGAUAAUAUUUUAUAUAAGUUGAAGCCAGAAAAAAACUGCUGCAUUAGACAGAUUUAGCUCUUACAUAAUGCCUAGAUAAUAAUUUAUAAAAGAUUUGAAGCUAGAAAAUCCAGCUGUUACAGACAGAUUUAGCUCUUGUAUAAUUCCUCUUUAAGAUUUGAUUGUAAUAAAAGUUAUUACAGUAUGAUGUAUACGGUAUAGAUGAUAUACCUGGUUGGGGUUUUAAAUUAUACAAAUGCUCAACAUCGGAUAUUUUAAAAUGUAUAUUGGGAAUUUAUUGGUGCCAUUACAAAAAUUGAUUAAAUAGUGCUCAAUUUUAAUUUUCUUUCCAAACAUGAAGAAAUAAGUCUGUGAAAUUACUGAAGUUUAGAAAUUAAUGAAAUGGAGAGGGGUUUUACAUAGGCUAAGCCUGUUCCCCAAUCUCAUUCAGACAACCUGAAUAAAAGUAUUGUUUAAGAAAAUGAUACUAAAUGGAGAUUAAUUCAUUCAUUUAGGCCUGAUCAGUGAGAUUCUUGGAGUUCAAGUUUCAAAUUUAUGCUUGACCUCUGGUUCCUGGUUUCAGAGUUCAGAUUUGGAAUUGAUUCAUCAUUAUUUAUAUAUCCAUAUAUAUAGCUAAUGAAUGUAAGUAUUAAUAUCAAAACAAAAUAAUGCUUUAUAAGCAGAUAGCAUGAAUAUAGCUUUCAACCUAAUGAUAAUUAUCUUUGUUAUGUUUAUGUUUUAAAACAUUUGUAUGGUUUGUAUCACUGAUCUUCAUUUGUAUGGUUCAGGCCGCUGAUCGUCAUUUCCAUGGUUCAGGUCGCUGAUCGUCAUUUCCAUGGUUCAGGCAGCUGAUCGUCAUUUCCAUGGUUCGGGUCGUUGAUCGUCAUUUGAAUGGUUCGAGUUACAGAUCUUCAUUUGAAUGGUUCAGUUCUCUGAUUGUCAUUUCCAUGUUUCGGGCCACUGAUCUUCAUUGGCAUGGUUUGGAAAUUAUCUAAUUUCUCACGGUUUAAGCCACAUUUAAAUGUACUCAGUUCUCUUAUUUAAAAUUCAAUUACGAUUAAAACAAAAAUCAACAGUAGAUUAAAAAGUGUGGUCCAUCAAAAGGUUUUUAUACGCCCACAUUGAAAUGUGGUCGUAUAUUGUUGUCGACCUGGUCCGUCUGUCCGGCGUCCACAAGCAAUUGUUUUUGAGCAAUUUCCGAUAAUUACUGCCAGAGUUAUGGCCCUUGAUCACUUCAAAAAAUCUUGUGGACGCGCUAGAGGCCAAAGUACAUAUUCGAUUGACUUGAAAUUUAUACACAGUGUUUAAGGUCAUGAGACGAAGAAUCCGUCAGCGAUUUCCGAUAAUUACUGCCAGAGUUAUGGCCCUUGAUCACUUUGAAAAAUCUUGUGGACGCUCUAGAGGUUGCUCUUUAUCAGAUUUUAGUGUAUUAUAAAUAUUUCAUUACCGAAAAAAGUAAAAAUAUGCGACAACUCUUGUUGACUGCCCGGACGAUUUAGCUACUGUGGGCGUAUGUUUCGUUGCCUGGUAACCUAUCAUUGUUUUUACCAAAUAUUUAAUUGUGGAACUGUCGUAUUUACACGAUCUGCCGAGGAUGACGAAAGUUGCGAAAGUUUUUUAUUCAAUAUAUCUUUGUCUAUGCUGAAUGGAAUUCAAGAGUUUUUGAAAUAAAAUAGGGUUUAAGGUCCUACUGUUCUGUCCCGACUGGGCUGAUGAAGAUAGAAUUUUUGUAAUGAUAUUCCUUUUUAGAGAUUCGACUUGGAAUGACGAUCAGCAACAUUAAUGCUAUAUUUUAUGUUUGUAAUAUUUACUUUAGCAAUAACAUGAAAUGGGUGCUUUUAUACACGAUUUAUUUUACGUUAUUUUAAAUAAUUAAUGCUUUCAUGUAUUAGUAUCAAUAGAUAAUUGGGGUGGGGGUGGGGGGGGGAAAUUGGUUAACGUGUGGGCGCUGUAUCAUAAGGUCUGUCAUUGAAUCAACAAUAAUGUGCACAGUCCAUUCAGUUUAUAAUGGCUCCCCACAUUUCAUGAAUAAUAUAAUAUGAUGAAUAUGAUUAAAGAAGAUAAUGAUUGAGGUAAAGGGUUGGCUGAUCACUGUCCUCCUCGGUUCUUUCAGUCCUCUAAUAUUUAAACACCUCAAGCCUAUUGUGUAGAAAUAUAAUGGGACCUGUCUGGUUCAUGUCUACUGAAACACGUUGACUCGUCAGUCUGAUACAGUCGUAACCACAUUAAGCUUAUAAACCAUUGGUAAAAGAGGCAAAAAAAAAAACGUGUUGUAGGUGUUGCUGGAUAAUUAAAUAAAAAG